AUGAAUUUUAUUCUGAUUAUUAUCUCCAAAGCUGUGCUCAUCUGGUCAUUUGGUCCACAUGGCAACUAUAAUUGAGGAAUAAAGCCUGGUCACUUUUAUCUUAAACAUAAAAUUGACUACAAAAAAGCAAAUCCUUCCCUAUUUAGUUGAAUAAGCCAGAAUAUUAGCUUCAGCAUCUGCACAAUACUAAGCGAAGAUAAGUUAAAUUCGCUUGAAAUGAAUUUUUCAAGUGUUCAAGAUUUGGCAGCUACAAAUUUCUCAUACUCAAAUAUUUCUCCUCUUAUUCCAAUCCCUGCUUCAUUUCACGCUAAGCAAUCCCUGAUACUAUCUCCCAAUCAGGAAUUUUAUUUUGAUGGAGCUUCAAGCAUCAUAGAAAACUUAAAAUUUAAACUAUAUGAUUAUUUUAAGUGGGUUUUAUCAAUAAAUCCACAUACUUGAGAAAAAGCUUCAAAUUCUCAUAUAUCGAAGUCAAACAUUUUUUCAGAUUUUUAUAAUGCACCUUAUCAUUUAAUUGUGCUUUAUGCAUUUCUGAUUCUAUUUGCUCGUAAAAUUCUGGAUUUAGCAUAUAGAGAUGCCAUGCUCAAUUUUCAGCUAAUUACUAUAGUUGGUCUCAUAACACAAGUUUAUUGCAUUGUCUGUGGUUCUGGCUCUUUCUCAUACCAAAACAUAUUAUGUUUGUCGUAUUGCCCUACAGGAUAUUUACAAAAUACAAGCACAAAUACCUGCGACUACAUUGCUCAUAUUACGCUUACCUUGACUUUAGAUAAUAGGAUCAUUCUCGACCAAAAAGGAACGAUUUGGGUAGGAAGUUCGAUAACUAAUACUUAUCCAACUUAUGAUGCAAAUGAUCCUUAUCCAGCUGAAUCGAGAGGCUACUACUUUAAAUCUAAUAGUUAUAUAGCAAUACCUGUUAUGCUUGCUCCCACAUUUUCAAUUGCUAUCUGGCUAAAGACUCUAUCAGCAGGAAUAGUUCUAGUCAAACCUAUACCAGCAUACCAAUGGGUUGUAGAAAUUUUGGCCUCAGGAUAUCCUAGGCUUUCCCUACUUAUGUCAGAUUCUUCAACUACAAUUUCAGUAACAGGAAGUUCUAAUGUUCUGAAUGGAUGAUUUUUUGUUUCAUUUGAUGGAUACAUUAAUACUGACGGGACCACAACAAUAAGCUCGUAUAUUGAUGGAUCAUUCUUAUUCUAUGAGGAUGCUUUUCCAAAAAUUUAGUGUAAAUUUUCUUCAAAUUUUUUCAAUUAUAAAAUUAAAAUUAAAUAAGAAUUUCUUAUAAAUUCCUUGUUUAAAGAUGGGGAAUUUACAAUCUUUCACAACAGCAACUGCAUUGUAUAUGCAAGAUAGUGUUUCAGGAAAUGUAUAUGUAGGAAAUGAUAUCAUUGGAUUUACAGGCUUUAUUUGGAAAGUGAGAAUUUAUUGCUUAAAUAAUUAUUACUUAGAUGAAUGGCGAACAUCAGGAUGUACAUCACCCUGCACAAAAUGUUCAGCUGAUUUGAGUUGUCCAAGUGAUUGUCCAUUAGACAAGUAUAUUGAUGGCUCAUCUUGUAAAGACUGUAAGACAAACUGUAAUAAAGGAUGCAUAAGUUCUGAUACCUGCAAUUUAUGCUUGACUAAAGAAUGCGCUACAUGUACAGCAUUCAUAGGGACAGAAUCAUGCUUGACUUGCAUUACGAAUGCUGUUAGUGAUGGAAAUGGAGGUUGCACUUGCGACACAUAUGCAUUUUGGGUAUCUUUAACUCAAUCAUGUGAAAGAUGUGAUGUGCUUUGCGCGAAUUGCCUAAAAACAACAUAUUUUGAGUGCUCAGCUUGUUCAGGGAGCUAUCAAUUAGUUGGAAAUGUCUGUCUAAAUGGCUGUCCUUAUGGGUUUGGAGGGUCUUGUUUGCCUAUAACGACUCCUGUGGUAGAUAAGUCUUUCAGUGUAGAUUUUCAAGGCUCGUAUGGAAUUUUGACAACAGGAACCAGUUCAUCAUCUUUUCAGUUUUUUAACACUCCAGAAUCAGUUGACCCUAUUCCUGCCUAUAUGAGAGGCUUAUAUUUUGAUGGGAGUACUUAUCUUUUAUCAUCCGCAUCGAUACUCCUUUAUCAUAGCUUUUCUAUCGGAUUAUGGCUAUAUGUAACAGCGAGUGGCGAUAUAUUAGAAAAACAAACUCGGCUUAUUUUGUUAUCAUCAGGAGUUACAGCUAUUAUGGAAGAUCCUACUCAAGCCACAGCUUCUAAAACUUUGUCUUUAGGUACAACACUGAUUGAUUGGAAUUAUUUGUCAGUGACUUUUGCAUAUUCAUCUGGUAGUACAACUAUCACAAUCUAUACCUAUUAGAUUAAAAACUAAUAUAAAAAACCCUGAAAAAGUCUAAUUUUUAGUACUUUUUAUAUGUUUUAAAUAUUAAUUUGCAAGUUAUUUAAUAAAAAUUAGACUAUAUCAACAAUGUUGUAGCUUCAACCCUGCCAGUUUCAAAUUAUAUUUAUAGAGACCUUGCUUCCACAAACUUAAUGGUUGGCAAAAGCAGCUCGUCCGGGUUUAAAGGGUUUAUUAACUCUUUUCAGCUCUGAAAUGCACCAAUCAGCUCUUUUUCGAGCUACAUUAAUGCUGUGUGUGGAUCAGGGCAUGGCCUCACAAAACUACCUAUUAUAAUACUUUUAUGUUAAAAUAACAUUUUUUAACUUUAGAUUAAAACUAUAGAGAUGGUGAUAAUUUUAGAUAGAGCAAAAUACCCAAAACCAUAGAAAAAUUUGGAAAUUUAGACCUAACACUUUAUAGUAAUUUUUUUUUCAAAUUUAAAAUAAAUGCCAAUUUGCAAAAUUGGAAAGCAAAUAUUUAUUUAACUUGUAAAAUUUAUGUUUAGAAUGCAACUUGUUUAAAAUAAAAUAGAAUUAACUAGAGAUUUCAUUAUACAAAUAAUCAAUUAUAUAUUAAAAUUUUUGGUCGCUCAAGGAGGGUGUUUUUUGGACAAAAAAUAUGGCUUUUUCCAAUGUUUUUAUUAGCUCACAACAUAAAAACAAUUUUAUCUUAUUAUAAGACAUCCAUUAAAGAAAACCCAUUUAUAGGUGAUUUUAAACUUUUCCAAGGGCACGCUUGUUUAUGGUCUUGUGACUUGUCUCAUUUUUGAAGCGGAUCUUCUUAUAUAUCCUGCAAUUCAUGCAGCAAAGGCUGUGUAAGAGCCGCAAAUUGCAAUGUCUGUGAUGAUGCAUUGUGCUUAAUAUGCACUGGCUUUGGAUCAGGAAAAUGUACUCAAUGCGUUUCUAAUGCUAGUAUUAUAGGCACAAAUUGUCAAUGCAAUUCUGGAUAUUAUUGGAAUGAUAUUAAUGAAAGCUGUGAGCUAUGCGAUAUAUCAUGCAAAUCAUGUACAUCUGCUAAUUGAUAUGAUUGCUUGACGUGCUAUAGUGGAUAUUAUAUGGUUUUAGUUAAAGAUAAAGUAAAAGAGCUGUAGAGUUAUAAAAAAUAGUCCACUUGCCUUAAAGAACAUUUUCAGGAUACCUUUAGAUUUGAAUGAGGGAAAUGGAAUGUUGCCCCUUUUGGAUUUCUUACAUGAUCCACCUGUCCAAGGGAUUAGCCUCCCUAGUUUAGAGUCAUCGUCUAAGAGAUAUUUCAUAAGGAUUAGGCCUCAGAGUCUAAUUUUCGCCAACGACACAAUUUUAUUUCUUAUAUGGUUUUAGGAAUUUGCUCUUCAAGCUGUCCAUCAGGAUAUAUUUCUUCAUCUACAGGUGUGUGCGUAUUUUCUCAAGAAAUAAUAUUUGAUUUAAAUUUAAAUAUACUGUCUUUAAAUACUUGAAGCCUUUAUACUAUUGGUUCAAUUAAACAUUAUUUCAAGUGAUAUAAUAUUUUUAAGUAUCUUGCUUGGUUUGACCUUAAAAGAAAAUUUAUAAAAUAAAGAUAAAAAAAGAAAAAAAUUAAAUUAAUUUUUUCUUAAAAUUAAGUCUUGCCAAUAGUUAACUAAGUCAAUACUUUUAAAGAAUAGAGUCCUUUAAUAAAAGAAUACUCUGAAUGGUAUAGUGUAUGAUAAUGCAAGCUCAAUUCCAGUUAUAACUGGAUCAGCAAAACAAUUUUAUCCAGACUAUGAAGCCGAUGACCCUAUUCCUGCUUACCUAACUAUCCCCUUCGUGAUAAAAAAAAAUUAUUAAAAAAAAAAAUUUUUCAAAAAAUUUGGAAAAUAAAAAAUUUUGUUUGUAAUAGUUUUAUUUAGAAUGAAGCAGUUAAAAGUCAACAGGAUCAAUAAGAAAUUUCAUAAUAAUAAUUAUUACUUAUAUAUGCAAAUAUUAUUUAUAAACUUUUUUUUCUUACUCCCCCCCCCCCCUCCGUGAGCGAACAAAAAAAAUUUUGUUCACUCACGGAGGGGGGUUAAUUUUUUUUUUAAAAAAAAUUUUAUAUAUAAAUUUUAUAAAAAAUAUUUUUUUUCGAAAUUUAAAAAAAAUCCUAAUUUGCAAAAAUUGGGAAGCAAAUAUUAAUUUAAUUUGCAAAAUUUAUGUUUUAAAACGCAAUUUGUUUAAAAUUAAACAGAAUUAGCUCUAGAUUUCAUUAUACUAAUUAUCACUUAUAUAUCAAAAUUUUUUUCCAUUAAAAUUUUUUCUAUUAAAAAAAUUUUUGUUCACUCACGGAGGGUGGGUUUUUGGUCAAAAAAUGGCGAUUUUUCUAAUGGUUUUUGUUCGCUCACGGAGGGGGGGGGGGGAGUUAGAAAUUUUUUUUUAUAAUGCUUUGCUCCAAAAAAUACAGAUUUUUCCAAUGUUUCGUUCGCUCACGGAGAGAAAGUAAGAGGCUUCUAUUUUAAUGGAGAAUCUUCAAUUUUAAGGAUGCCAGAGUAUUCAACCUAUACAUCGCCAAAACUUGUUAUAGCCCCGAUCUUCACGAUUUCUAUAUGGCUUAACACUGAAACAUCCUAUUCAGCUAUAAUUUCAAAGCACGAUGCUUCUGACAAUUACUCAACGCUUUACUAUAUUUCUCUGAUAGCAGGCAAGCCAACAAUUUCGCUUCUAAUAAGCUCAUCUGCAUUUUUUUAUAUGUCUCAAGCAUCGCUUAAUAAUUAUGAAUGGAGCCAUAUUGUAUUUACUUUGAAAAUGAACAGUGGCUCUAAUAUAAUUUCAAGCUAUGUAAAUGGGUUAUUUGACUCUUCUGUGACGACAGGAUAUGGAACUUUUAAUGAUAUAGGUUCUCAUACCACAAUGACUAUAGGAGCUCAAAUUAGCUCUUCAGCAGUUUAUAAUUAUUAUCAAGGCUUUAUUUAUACUAUUCAGAUUUUUAAUGCAGUAAAACCUAUAUCAAGCCUAUCAACUACAUCUUGUACUGAAAGCUGUAGUGUUUGUCCUAUCAGCCAAGUAUGCAUACCUAACUGCAAAAUAAAAGAAUAUUGAAGCGGCCCAGCCUAUAACAAAUGCUAUAGUUGCAAUAUUAAAUGUAAAAAAAGCUGCAGAGACUGACGAGAUACUUGCUCGCUUUGCGAUAAUUUAUUAUGUGAAUCCUGUAGUGAUUAUUCAAGCUGUGAAGCUUGUAAAGAAAAUACUAUUAACCCUGGUUCGUGUGCCUGUGAUGAUAACUAUGUACUUGAUGAUACCCAAAGUAAUACAUGCAUUCCAAUUGAGUCUGGCGGAUUCAAAGGGGAAGAUGGACACUUUCAUAAAUGUCCAAAUUUAUGCUCAUCUUGUGAGUCUCUUACAAAAUGCACAGCUUGUACAAGUAAUGCUAGUAUUCAAAACGACCUAUGCUAUUGCAACUUAGGAUAUAAUGGAACAGAAAGUUGUAUUUUAGUCUCUUUUUCAGCAAAGCUUACAGUUUUGGCUGAUAACUCUUUAUAUCUGACUUUUUCUGAAAGUCUAGCAAAAAAUCUAACUACUUCAGAUUUUGUUAUAAUAAUUGGAAAUCAAGAAGAAAUUUCAUCUAAAUUAGAAAAAAUGAACAACACAUGCUAUUAUAUUUCUUUAGCAAUUACUGAGAAAAUUUCCGAAGGUACUUUAGCUAUUAUUCAAUUUAUAGAUCUAUCAAAAGUAAAAUCGGUAUCAAAUGGUAUCUUAAAUUCAUCAGAGAUUUCUGCAAGCUUAAACUCAUAUGAUCCAGAAUCAAAUUCGCCAGUUACUGAGUCAGUCUCAUCUCAAUCCCAAACAGCAUCUCAAACAACUGUAUCUGUAGUUGCUUCUAUGUCAAUUAUAAAUUCAAGUUCAAGCUCUUUAUGAUGCCUGAUGAACACUUUGCAAAUUCUGAGCUACAUGACUUUAUCAGGAAUCCCUUUUUCAAGCAAACUGAGGUCAUUUUUGAAUAAUUUGAAUUCUUUUAAUUUAUUCCCUAACGUUUUCCAAUAUUUUAUAGAUAAAAACAAAGGAAAUACUCCAUACUCUCAAGCUGAAGAAUUUGGAUUUGAUACUGAUUUAAUCCUAAUAAAUCAAGGAAAUGAUUUUACAUUGCUUUUAGGCUCAAUUGCAGCUCUACCUUUAAUUUUAUAUUUUUCUCGAUGCUCUAAUAGAUGGAUAGGUAAUAAAUUUACAAAAAGAUUGGGAGAUUAUCAAUAUGCCUUUUAUUUUAGGUUUUGGAUUCAAUGCUAUCUUGAGUUAGGAGCAGCUGCAUGUAUUGGACUUACAAUUUUUGAAUUUACCAAUAUUACACAAAUUGCAAAUUUUGCUUUGUGUUUAUCUCUUUGCAUAUUACUAAUAGCUACUCCAGGUGUAUAUUUUUGGUUUUCUUAUAAAAAUAAAGCCCGCAUUGAAACCCGUGAUAAAGCAUUUUUUGCCUCAUUUAGCACUUUUUUUUAUGAGUUUAGAACAGAUAAAGGACUGAUAACAACCCAAUACUAUUUCCUAUUUUUUGCUAGGAGGCUCGUUUAUAUAGUAAAUUUGGUUUAUUUAAGAGAUUAUCCACAAACCGAAGUGACUGUGAAUAUUGUUCUUUCCUUUUUAACUAUGAUAUACUUAGCUUUAUGCUGGCCCUUUGAAGAUCAAAUUUUACAAAUAACCAACUUAGUGACUGAAAUAUUGAUUUUCUUAAUAAUGAGCUCUACAACUGCUUAUUUAUUUAAUUUUGAGCAAGAAGUUAUAGAAGGGAUUGAGGACUCUAUUAUCAUAAUUGUCCUAGUUAUUAUAGCAAUUCAAACAAUUUCUUCAAUAAUUAUUUUUUCUAAAACUUUAUACCAAGCUAUCAAAGAAAAACUUGUGAAGUCAGGAAUUGUCAAAGAAAACAAUAAUCCGCAAUAUAAUCGUAUUAGGAAAAUUCAAAUAUAA